CGUGUUUCAAGCAAGAGGAGAAAGCUGUUUUCAGAGGUCUAAAUGGAAAUGUCCAGGAUGCACACUUGGCACAGUUUACUCUACCUGGGCGUAAUGCUGAUGGUGGUGUUGGGCAACAAAAUGCUGGACGAAUGUUUGAAAUUUAACCGUAAGUUCACCAUGAACGUUGUGCUGCUGGAAGACAACACCUUUGAAUGGAGUCGACCAUUUGUGGAGAGUGCUGUGAGGCAAGCCAUUGAAAAGGACACCCAGGAAAACAACAAAAACGGCUUGAACUUCAGCUUGACGGCCAACUACAAAGGGCUCAACACCACCAUGUACAACAGGCAGGGCUGUGCGAGCAGCACCUGUGAAGGYGUGGCCAUCCUCAAGAUGUUACAUAGCAUUGAUGAAGUUGGAUGYGUCAUGUUGGGACCUUCCUGCACGUAUGCCACCUUCCAGUUAGUGGAUGAAGUGAUUGGCUUGACCCUCAGCAUUCCCAUCAUCUCCGCUGGGAGCUUCGGCCUCUCRUGUGACUAUAAACCCAAACUGACUCGUCUUUUGCCUCCAGCUCGAAAAGUCUCGGACUUAUUUCUGACCUUCAAGGAUGAAGUUUUGCCCUUUAAGCAAGCUUGGAGAAAGUUUUACAUCUACAAGAAGGCAAACAAUGCAAGCGAGGACUGCUUCUGGUACAUCAAUGCAUUCGAAGCACCUUCUGCCAGAUUCGCUUCACAAACACAAAGGGAGAUGCUACGUGGUGAAUCUGACUUGUCGCAGGCUCUGGUGGCUUCAGAUAGACACAGCAACAUUUUCAUCUUGUGUGGAGGUGUCAGUGAUAUUGUGUCAAUAAAAGAGAAGGUGCAGCAGAUUCAACCAGACACCUUGUUUAUUCUCCUUGACCUUUACAACCCAGCGUAUUAUGUCAACUCCACUUCCGCCCGGGGGAUGGAGAACGUUCUGGUGGUCACUCUACCACGGAGGAACUACACUGAGGGGUCAAACUCUUCAUACAACGAAACGAUGAAUGACUACGUGGCUGGGUAUCAUGAUGGCACUCUGCUGUUUGGUAAAGUUCUCAGAGAGAGGAUGCUCAGCCAGCAACGCAGCGAAGGAACAGAUGUGCCUCCGAGUGACAACCCAUUUGGAAACACAUCUUUUGAUGGGAUGGGAGGCCACUAUGAGCUCGAUGAGUACGGCGACAGAGACGUUAACUUCUCCUUCAUCUACACAUCAACUGAGACCGGCAAUUAUGAAACUCUCUUACUGUUUGAUACAUCUCAAAAUAAAACCAUAUGGUUUGAAACAAACCCUGCCCUGUUUUGGAAAUAUCAGCUUCCUGAUGAUGAACCAGUAAAACCRAAAGAUAUAAAUACACAAGAUAUAAUUGUUAUCGUGUUGGGUGUCAGCGUUGUCGUGGUAACAGCCAUAGCUCUCAUCUUCUACAGAUUGAUGAAGACAAGAGAAAAGACAGUACAUACUUCUCUCACCGAGGCUGCUAYGACAAGAAGCCUGUAAUCCUGAAAGAGCUGAAACACACAGAUGAAGAUUUCACUGCCGAACAGAAAAUUGAGCUCAACACUCUGCUGCGCAUCGAUUACUACAACCUGACUAAGUUCUAUGGGACGGUGAAGUUUGAGUACGGCGUGUUCGGAGUGUAUGAGUUGUGUCAGAGAGGUUCCCUCAGGCACAUUCUCACUGACAGGAUAUCCUACCCUGAUGAAACCUUCAUGGACAUGGAAUUUAAGAUAUCAGUCAUGUAUGACAUCGCAAAGGGCAUGUCGUACCUCCACUCCAGUAAUAUUCAGGUCCACGGUCGCCUCAAGUCCACCAACUGUGUUCUCGACAACCGCAUGGUGGUCAAGAUCACUGACUUCGGUUGCCACACCAUUCUGAGGCCAGGCAGAGAUGUGUGGACGGCCCCGGAGCAUCUUCGUAAAGAAGGCGUGUCCCAGAAAGGGGACGUUUACAGCUACGGCAUCAUCGCUCAUGAGAUUGUUUUGAGGCAAACAGCGUUUUACACACAAUACUGCUCUAAUACUACAGAGAAAAUGUACCGAGUGCAGUUUCCACGAGACAACACCUUCUUCAGACCUGAUCUGAACUUUGAAAGUGCAUCAGAUAGAGAGAUUGAGCUGUACAUUCUGAUAAAGAACUGCUGGGAUGAAGACCCCGAACGAAGGCCGGAUUUCAAGCGAAUUGAGUUAUCGCUUGGAAAGAUUUUCAGUAACUUGCACAAUCAGGCUACUGAGACCUACAUGGACAACCUGAUCCGUCGUCUGCAGAUGUAYUCCAGAACUCUGGAGCGUCUGGUGGAGGAGAGGACGGCUCUGUACAAAGCUGAGAGGGACAGAGCAGAUCGUCUCAACUUCAUGCUGUUGCCUGGGCCUGUGGUGCGUUCUCUGAAGGAGACAGGCAGAGUGGAGCCCGAGCUGUUCGAGGAGGUGACCAUCUAUUUCAGCGACAUUGUGGGCUUCACCACCCUCUGUCACUACAGCACCCCCAUGGAGGUGGUAGACAUGCUGAACGAGAUCUACAAGAACUUUGACAGCAUUCUGGACCAUCACGAUGUGUAUAAGGUUGAAACAAUAGGUGAUGCCUACAUGGUUGUGUCAGGUUUACCCAAACGAAACGGUAAUAGGCACGCAGUGGACAUCGCCCACAUGGCCCUGGACAUCCUGUCCUUUGUGGGGACCUUUGAACUGCAGCACCUGCCAGGGAUUCCUCUGUGGAUACGUAUCGGGGUGCAUUCAGGUCCGUGUGCAGCCGGGGUGGUUGGAAACAAGAUGCCUCGAUACUGUCUCUUUGGAGAUACAGUCAACACGGCAUCACGCAUGGAGUCCACAGGCCUGCCUCUGAGGAUCCAUGUGAGCCAGCCAACCAUCAACAUCCUGCAGAGGACAGAUUGCAAGUUUGAGUUUAGCAGAAGGGGAGAGACGUACCUGAAGGGAAAAGGGAAAGAGAUGACGUACUGGUUAACAGGAGUAACGGGGGCAAAAUACAACCUGCCUUCACCUCCGACAGCGGAAAACUUCCAGCGGCUCCAGCAGGAUCUGGCAGAAAUGAUUGUUUCCAGUCUGGAGAAACGUGAAGGCGGGAAAGAGGGCUUCAUAAAGAGGAAGACCCUGUCCACCAAAGUCCGAUGGCGAGACACUGAUGGCRGCCUACGGAGGGAAAGUGCACCAGAGUACUUCCACCUGGCUGUCACCGAGAACCCCAGCACCUACUUGUGAUGCCAGCACAGAAGACACAGAGCUGAGGCUGAUCUUUGUCUCGGCUCUGCUGGCUGGGGGUUCUUCUGGGUUGGCUCUGUUCAGAAACAGGCUGGCAGAAAGUGGAGCAGCAGAGCUGAUCUGAUAAAGUUAUGAGCAUCCUUUCCCUSAGGUUACAGUUUCUGCACACACCUAUCCAAAACCGACACCUAAARUUUACACCUUUUGAAAAAUUCACGCAGUUGAAUAAAUUUUCAAAUYUUAGAAACAAAGUUGAAGUGGAAGGACGGUCCAACUUUAGCACCUCCAUCUGUCAGCCUGCAACCAGAUGGUUUUAUUGUUUGAACGUUUGUAGAGGAGGAUGUCAUUUUAUUCACAUUAAAUAUGACUGGAAGAAGGCUUUAUUAGCUGAUAAGGCAGCAGCGUCACACUGAGUUUAGUGUGGUCUUCCAGUGUAAAACUUUUUAUAAGCUCUGUCACAAUUURUAGUUUGCGCUUGUCAUCAAAAUUAAACCUAGCACAAAAAGAAAGACAAUAAGUGUUUGGUAGAUAUUUAUUUGUUGCAACAAGGCUUCUUGGUAAUAAAUCUUAYUCCAUUGGACAUUUAGAAACAUGCAUCUGUGGGAUGAGCAKUAGAGCUGUGGGUUGUACACAUGAAAACUGCAGAAUCCUCUCUGUCAAACAGCUUAUUUUGUUGUUUUAUUGUCACUUGUUUUGAGCUUCUGGUACAUUCAGGUGCUACCAGUCAUGUGCCCGCUGUAAGAUUUAUUACCAAGAAGCAUUGUUACAACAAAUAUUCUACCAAGCACUAAUUUCCUUACUUUUUGUGCUAAAUUUAUUAAAUUUAUUUGAUGUGAGAAUAUCAGAAAAUAGAGCUGUUGCUUUUUUUCUGCUAUAAAAUCCAUGCUUUACUUCGAACAGACCUGCUUUUAUAUCAUUCAGGAAACUAAUUGACUGAAAAGUUYAGAAAAUAAUAUUUACCAUGUAAAUAACCUUUAGCUGCUGCAAGACUGUGGAAUUCACUCAUCUCCAUAUUUAUUACCCCACAGAACACAGUCAGGGUAAUAAAAAAGACACCCAAGGUUUGAUUUAAAUAUUUUUAGAAUCAAAUCAUUUUUCUUAUGUCCUGAUUUGUAAAACAGUAGAAUUAAGAGGGUGGUCUUUAUUUUCCCAUGACUACGCGGUAAUAACACAAUAUCAAUGUAUCAAACCUACAUCAUUUCAACAACUCUCUAUCAGAAACAGUGAAGACCUAUUCUAUGUUUAGUUCUAUUGUUCAGCUUUAAAUUGAACAAUUAUAUUUAAUAAAUCAGCAUGGAUUUUUAUGAUAUACAAAAAUGCUACUUUGUUUUUAGAACAUGUGAAAUAUUUUUGUGAUUGAUUUUUGUUUUAUUAAAUAAUGUUUGA